GACAGUCGGUGACAGUUCUUAUCAGUUUUCGCAUAACAAAAAAAGGGAAAGAUUUGUAUUUGUUGUGGUUCAUUGCUACGAAUCGUAUAUUUUUGUUGUAAUUUGUCUGGUAAAAAUAAACUGAAUCAACGACGAGUGCCUUAUUUAAAGUGAUUCGACGCGAAAUAAGAUUAUUUUUUAUCAAAAUGUGUAGCGUAUUUUUUAUAUUCGCUGUGAUGAUGACUCUGUGUUCGGCUGAGGAAUUUCGAACGCUGACCGCUCGACUAAAUCCUGAUUGUCCUGCCGAAAUUUGUUAUAACAAUGACCCCAACAUAAUAACCGUCGUUCAUAUAUCAUCCGAUGGGCAGCACGAUACGCUCCAUUAUGUAUGGGAUUUUACUGGUAAACCAUCGGUCCUAAUAGCUUUGACAUCACCGAACACUAACCUCACGAUAAAUUGGCGAAAUUUUAUGGACGAUAAACAGGAGAGUAGCAUCGAAUUUUCCACUAAACCCAUCUACACAUCAACUGUUGUUCUGAAUCGGUUAUGGCAAUUUAAUGACGCAGAAGAUACUGGCACUUUCUCGAACGGUGUGAAUUCAAGCGAAAUAAACGUUUACGAUACACGGAACAUCACAUGGACGAGGAAUCAGUUUCAUAAAUCGGUGCAUGAAGUGGAAGUGACUGUUACUGGCGAUAAUUCGGAUUUUUUCGGUGAUGGUAGAGUGUCAUUAAACUUGAAAUGCUUUGCUAGCGUCGAUCAUGGUGUCGAUUUUCCGCAUUUGUUACAUUCGGAAAAUUCGACCGAAUUCGAUUUGGUGUUGGAUGGACUGCGAGUGAAUUCGUCGUUUCCGCAGGCUCGGUUCGCUGCCGAAUUUGUGAUCGUUUCGGAGGAGACCAAGAACAAGAAUCAAUCGUUCACCGUUCACUCGAAGAAAAGCUUAGAUGACGAACACACACCGGGAAUAUUUGAAAUUGUGGAAAUUGCGUCGCCGAAAAGUUUUAUGGCGAAUGAAGGAAGUUUCAUUCAGUAUCGUCCUGUUUCUUAUACGCAUCCGGAACGAGAUGUUUCAACGUCGACCGAAUUACAUAUCACAAUGCCAACCAAUUUAGAUAAUCCAGCUACACAACUAAAUUCCAGCCUGGCAUGGGUAUAUUAUGGGUCAUUGUUGAAUACGAUUUUGGUGCAAGGUUUUAAUGUGUCGUUUGGAAUGUCCGGAGACGGAUUUUAUACGAAAACUAAUUAUAGCACAUGGACAUUCGUAAUGGGCUAUGGCGCUCCGCCAAAUGAACAACUUUCCAUGUUUGUUGUUAUUGUUGCAUCGAUUGGUUUGGGUAUACCGCUGAUACUGUUAGUUGGCGGCGGAUGUUACAUGUGCAUAAAACGGACCAGAAAUCGUUAACAAUAUAAUAAGCAAACGUUCAUGACUGUUAAUGAUAUGGGUAAGUGUGCAACACAACCACCA